AUGCCCAAAGCAGGCCUGAAAGAAAAGUCCAAGCGGACGGCCGCACCGUCUGCGUUCGAGAACAUCGCCAAUUCUCGCCCAGAAGACUCCGAUGUCGAGAUGGGCGACGAAACCAGUUCAGAUGAGGAGGAUGAGCCCGAAAAGGAUGAAGCGGAGAGGAAACUCGAGCGCAUGCUCUUCGGCGACGACGAAGGCUUCAUGGGCGCAUUGAAAGCCCAACAAGACCGCGAAGCUGGAAUGGCUCUUACUCUGAACAGUGAUGAAAGCGAUGCCGCGGAAGAAUCCGAAGCCGAGUCUCAAAAUCUGGCCGAUAUGGCCGACUCAGAUCUCUUCUUCCUUGACUCUGGUGCUCCUCCCACUACCGACCUCGUUCCCUCGCCGGAAACCCCAUCCGAUGCCGAGGAUGACGAACAAGAUGGAGAGGCCGCAGUCUGGUACGACAGCGACGACGACCGCCUUGCCGUUUCACUACAAAGCCAGGCCAAAUUGCGCAAAUUGCGCGAUACCGAAGCCGAAGACGUGGUCAGUGGAAAGGAAUAUAUCCGACGACUGCGCAGACAGUUCACCCGCCUACACCCCACACCCGAAUGGGCGACCCCAGAGCAGAAGCGCCGCAAGACCGACUCCGACUCCGAGCAAGAAAUCGACUCAGAUGACGAGAAUGAGCAGCUGUCCAUGCAGCCUCUGGCCAAACUUCUCCAAAACGCCUCCGACCUCACUCGCAUAGAAGACAACUCGCGCUCCGGAAAGCGCAAGCUGCGCCAGGAAGUCGUCGACAUUCAGAGACUCAAGGAUGUCGGCAAAUCCCAACCUUCCUCCGUCGACUCUCUCAACUUCCACCCGCACUACCCCCUCCUGCUCUCCUCUGGUCCUGCAUCCACUCUCUUCAUGCACCACAUCUCUCCCUCAGCGCCUGCUCCUAACCCUCUUCUCACUUCCCUGCACAUCAAGCGCACUCCUAUCCACACUUCUGCAUUUGCGCCGCCAACAGGGAACAAGAUCUUCGCCUCCGGCCGUAGGCGCUACUUCCACAUCUGGGACCUGGACACCGGAAAAAUCGACAAGGUCAACGGCUCCGCUGACAGAAAGGAAGAGCAAAAGUCCAUGGAACGCUUCAAGCUUUCUCCAUGCGGCCGCUUCGUCGGUCUCGUCGGCACAUCCCGCAAGGGCGGUGGUCUUAUCAACGUCCUAGACUCCAACACCGCACAGUGGAUUUCGCAAGUGCGAGUUGACGGACGUGGCGGUGUCGCCGAUUUCGCCUGGUGGUCCGACGGCGAGGGAAUGACCGUUGCCUCUAAGAACGGAGAAGUCUCCGAGUGGGACGGGCGUCUUGGACGCGUUGUCGCUCGCUGGGUCGAUGCCGGUGCCGUCGGCACUACAGUCCUCAGCCUGGGUGGACGGUCCGGCCGCACUCAGCUCGGUGGUGAUCGCUGGAUUGCUAUUGGAUCUUCUAGUGGUAUUGUCAACGUCUACGACCGCCGCGAGUGGGCUGCUGCGUACGCCAAUGCUUCUGCUGCUGAUAAGGAAUCAUCGGUUCAGGCUGGUAUCCCGCGCAGCCCUACACCUGUGCGUGUCUUGGAUCAGCUCACUACGCCUAUCAGCCACCUGGUGUUUGCGCCUGAUGGGCAGAUGAUGGUUAUGGCGAGUCGCUGGAAGCGUGAUGCUUUGCGUCUUGUCCAUCUUCCUACUUGUACAGUAUUCCGCAACUGGCCUACCUCCAACACACCGCUGGGUCGCAUUUCCUCAGUUGCUAUCUCACCCAACUCAGAGCAGUUGGCUGUUGGUAAUGAACAAGGCAACAUUCGCAUGUGGGAGAUCCGUGGUUAG